AUGUCAAGGCAGCUGAAGGUAAAGAAAAAGCACGAGGUGUGGUUUAGGUUUGCCGGACAGCCGAUUAGAUUCUCGCUGCGAGAGUUUGCAAUAGUAACUGGGCUUCCAUGUGGUACAUUUCCACCUAAAUCGAAGAUGAAGAUUAAGGAGACUAUUACUGAGAAGCCAUACUGGCCUUCGUUGUUUGGGAAAGUGGAGGUUGUGACUGUAGCUUCUGUAAUCAAGAUGCUCCGCCGGAGAACAGUAAGGGAUAGAGAAACCCGGAUUAAGUUUGCAUGUCUGGCUAUUCUCUCUUCUGUCCUGCUGCCUACAAGCCUGAAUAUGAAGAUCUCCAGAGAGCAUGCUGAGGCCAUUGAGGAUCUGGAUGACUUCUAUUCAUUCCCGUGGGGGAGAUUGGCGUACAAGAUGCUGAUGAAUAGUAUAAAAGAAAGAGAUGAGAUCUCACUGUCGCAAAAUACAAUUGCCGUGAAGGGCUUCGCUCUAGCUCUUCAGCUAGUACUGGUAGAAGCUGUACCCUCUUUAACAGAAGUAGUCCAAGAAACAUGUUCUUUUUCAGAAUCAGAAAGCGCGGACGAUGUUGAGGAAGGGUCUGAAAGGUCAUCAAAAAAGCAAACGCUAAGCCCUGCUCACGCCCGUAACCUCAACAAGAAAACUGAGGUGUAUGUGAAGAGCAUAAUUGAUGAAGAUCCAAGCCGACCAUUGGAUGAGAGUACGCUCGGAUGGUCUGAUGAUGUGGAAGAUGUUGGGGUUGACAAUCUAGUGAAGCUUAUAAAUGAAGGCUAUAAGUUUAGUGCCUCUAUGUUUAAAGGUGGAGCCACAAAGGCUGAUGUGGAGAGGAUGAGAGAGGAUGCAAAAGUACGAGGUAAAGAGAAGAAAAGUAGAAAAGCACCAGUGAAACCAACCGGUGUAGAUGGAGGAAAUUGUGAAGUUGCUGCUGUUUUGAUGGAUAUGAUAAAGCCGGAUCUGGAUAGGAUUGAUGGGAAUGUGUCAUCUACAAUGAGAGCCGUUGAUGAUAUGAUCACAAAGAUAGGAGUGUGGCAUGGGGCCAUAAAAACAGAGGUGGGAGAAUGGAUGGGAAAAAUAAAAGAGGAUAUUCAGGGGCAGAUUAGCUUGGCUCUUAAAGAAGCAGUUGGACCAUCAACACAUCCUCCAGGAGUUCCUAUAGUCACACCAACUGCCCCGAUAAAUCCAGUAGGUGGAGGAAGUGUAGAGGAAGCGUUUUAUCGGGAUACCAUCCGAAAUAUUAUGGGGAGCAUCGAACAGUACAGGACGCCUCCGCGCCAGAACAUCCAGGUUCAGGAGGUCGGCGUUGUUGAUGGACGUCAAGACGUUGGAGCCGAGGCCAGCGUCCCUAUUGUUCCAGAUAACGACGGGACUGCUCUAUUAGCAUCGAGCCACACUCAUAUGAGGAAGGAUGGAGUCGAUGAGAUAAAGGUAACCGACAAUGCGACAAAGGAACAAGCACCUGCUACUCCUAGUUUUUCACUCGGUCUCACUCAGCAGGAGAGAAGUCCUUGUAAUGAGCAGUUUGGGACAGUAAGGCUAGCUGCAGAUCUAAAUGUUGCGCAUGACGAAGGGAAGGAGGAUGUGGAGGCAAAUAACGUGUGUAGGAAAAGCAAGAGACAAAAAAUAUUUCCCACCAAUUUGAUGGCCGAUUACGAAUGCGGGCAUAACAUAGUGGGUCCUGGUCGUCAAGCCCCUGUGUUGCUGUUUGUGUCGUCAAACAGUGAAGAUACUCUAACAAAAUACCAGCAAUUAGGGGAGAAGCUUCUGACCUCAUUAAAUUACUCCAAGUUCGCCAAGUGCAAGAACAAAGAAGGUCACGUGUUCCCAAAAGGUACAUUGGAUUUUCUAUACAAUAUAAAGGAUUCAAUAUGUAUGAUACGUCGGUUUUACCUGCCAUUCAACUUUGACAAAAAACACUGGGUGGGAGUUUGUAUUGACUGCGAGAAGUGGAAAAUCUAUGUCCUCGAUUGCAACACGUCGAUUAAGAGUGACAAGGAUAUUGUGAAAGACCUUACACCCAUAGCGGAGGCUUUUCCGUAUCUGCUCAAACAGGCGUGUGGGUCGGCCUACGAGGAGAAUUUAGAUCCAAUGGUUAUUGAGAGGGUAAAAGGAGUAGGACAAAACAAGGAAGAAAGCGUCUCCGGCAUUACUGCAAUGGUGCUAAUGUGGAAUCAUUCAAUUGGAGGGUUGGAGGGUUGCCGAUCAGUCAAUGCUGAUCAUGUAAUCUUAGAAGCAAAGGGUGCAGCUGUGAUGGCAUAUGAGCUCCAUGAGGAGCUGAAGUGA